AAGAAAGAAAAUUACACAAACUUUUAUUUCGAAGUGAUACUACUAAAGCUGUUAGCUGGCUGAAUGCAGGGAUUUUCUGGCUGAAUUACAUGUAAGCAGGCAGCGAUGCAAGAACAAUAAUCAUGGAUAUAGCAUUGACUGAAAAUUAAAGACAACGGUGCUUUCCCGUUGAAAUUAUUUUACAUUUUAAGUCUGCUGUUUGUGCAAACAACGGCUUGUUUCGCCUUCGGACGACUGGACUUGGCUCCAAUAUCAGGGUUCUACAGUGGUGAGGAAGCUAGCUGUCAAGUAGUAGCCCACUAGCCAGCCACAUCAGCACCGCUGCUAUUAGCUAGCCACGUUAGCAUCAGUAGAUUUCACUAUGGCAGACAGUAUCAUGAGCAAGGCUGCUACCAUGGAGAUCCCCAUUAACAGCAAUGGAGACACAGGGACUCUGCCAGAGGAUGACAGCCUGGAGCAGGAUUUGCAGCAGGUGAUGGUGUCUGGACCCAACCUGAAUGAAACCAGCAUUGUCUCAGGAGGUUAUGGAGGACCUGCAGGGGGCAUAAUUCCUACCAGCUCAAUCAAAGGGCCUGCAAUUCGCUUCAACCCCGAGUAUCUGGACAGAAGACGAGCCCCUGCACCAGGACCAGACAUUCGCAUGAAAUCCAGGGGUGUUAGCUUGCCUAAAAGCCAAUCUGCAGCCAGUCGACUUGCCCAACAUACAGACCAGCAUCCAGCGUCAUCAAACCAUAAUAGUAGUAAUUCAGCAGAAGAAGUUUCUCGUGGUGUGGCAGUGGAGAAAUUGGACAGUGUAAAGAAGUGGGGCAUAAACACAUACAAGUGCACGAAGCAGAUGUUCUCAGAGAGGUUUGGACGAGGUUCACGAACAGUAGACCUGGAACUGGAGGCUCAGAUUGACGUGUUAAGAGACACCAAGAACAAGUAUGAAAACAUUCUAAGACUGGCUACUGCACUCACCAAUCAUUUUCAAAGCAUGGUGCAGACACAACAGGCUUUAGGAGACACCUUCACCGACCUCAGCCAGAAGUCCCCAGAGUUGCAGGACGAGUUUGGGUAUAAUGCAGAAACACAAAAGUUGUUGUGUAAGAAUGGUGAGGCUCUGCUCGGUGCCAUCAACUUCUUUGUGUCCAGUGUCAACACCCUGGUCAACAAAACAAUGGAGGAUACUUUGAUGACCAUUAAGCAUUAUGAAAAUGCAAGACUUGAGUUUGAUGCCUAUCGUUCUGAUCUGGAGGAGCUGAGUCUGGGACCUAGGGAUGCAGCUACCAUGGUCCGCAUUGAGAUGGCUCAGCAUGAGUACCAGAUCCACAGAGACAAAUAUGAAAGGCUGCGUAGUGAUGUCACAAUCAAGCUCAAAUUCUUAGAGGAAAACAAGGUGAAGGUAAUGCACAAGCAGCUGCUUCUCUUCCACAAUGCUAUCUCAGCUUACUUUGCUGGCAACCAGCAGCAGUUGGAACAAACUCUAAUACAGUUCAAUGUAAAGUUAAAGCCCCCAGGAUCAGACAAGCCAUCCUGGCUGGAGGAGCAGUAAAGAGCACUCAGAGUUCAGCUGUUUGAGAUGUACAGUGACAUGCUGGUCAGUGAAGAACUUGACAUUGUGGUUUUGGACAAGAAUUAAAUGCAUAAAGGAGUAUAUCGUAGGAUCAGUAGCUGCCAGUGAUAAAGAAAAACAUGAGAUAUCUCUUUUGUAAUGUUUUUCAGCAUCACUUAUUACAUAGAUGGAACAACAAUUUCAGUUGUAUUUAGAAUUGUUUUGUUAAGUCACAAAAUGACCUUUUGUUACUUUCUUAUUCUUUAGGUAGCACAAUCAUUUACAUGGAUAUCACUUCUUAUUUAUGUACAGUAUAGUCUACUAUUGUGGAAAUACACCUUGGCAGUUUUGCACAUGCAUUAUUUUGUUGUUUUUUAAUGUUGUCUAAAGCAUUAUCUUUAAUAUUUCAGAGUAUAUCACAUGGGAGGAAUUCCACAAAUCAAAUUAGCAAGUUAGUGGAAUAAUGUUAAAAAUGUUAUGAAAUAUCCUCUGAAAUUGUAUUUAUUUUUCUUGAGUAUGCAUGACUGAACCAUUUUCUUCAAAUUUAGUUUUACAGAUUUAAAUAAAAAAAAAUCAGGAUAUAGCAUAAUUUUUAAAGUUAUCCCACUAUGUUCCUAAUAUUGCUUUAUGGAAUACUUGCCUGAAUGGUCAGUUCAUGGUUUACAUGCAUAGAAGGGAAAAUAUAUAUAAUGAAUAUAGUGAUUUUCUCAAACCUAAUAUACAAUCCAUAAUUAGUUUGGUCUCCUAAAUUUUGGGUACAUUCAGAUAUGUCCUUAUGAAUCCAGCACAGUUACAAGUAUUUGUCUUGUUUACUCCACAAUUUACACAUGGAAACAAGCCUCAAAAACAGAUGUAACACACAUGUUUAGCAGUAAAUCAGUAUCAAUCUAUAUAUUGGAUGCUUCGAUGAUAAAUAUAAACAUCUCAAGUAUCAAAGAAAUCAAAAUGAAAAUGCAACACAUAGGCAGUGGUGGAUUAACUGUGGUCCAAUAGGAGGCACCAGUGUGCAAAAAAAAAAACAGCCUUUGAGACUCAUUCUUGAAGUUUCAAAUUUUAAAACACAAAAAAUAAAUGGGGAUACUGGAUACAUGUGAAAUCACAUGCACUCUAGGUUACAAUACAAGUUUCAGUGUCUCUUCAAGGACAGAAUGUAUGAGUACGUUUUUCUUAUUUUUUAUUUAUUUACCAAUCUGUAACAUAACAUUGUAUGUUAUGUACAUUUCAUUUAAGUUCUAGUCAGCUGAUUGUCUUUGUCUUGUUCUGCAUAUCCAAUAAAAUGUGCUGGAUGUUUUGUUUCACUUAACUGAGCAGUUGACACAGAUCUGUUAGUUUGAUAGGGGAAGCUCUCAGAUUAUGUAAAGAAAACUCACAAUAUAUGUAAUAUGUAUAUCACCAAUAUGUAUGUCACCAUUAAUUAUGUACAUGAUAAUACAAUCUAAUAUAUCUCUAA